CAUACUUCUCUUUCUUCUUCCUUGAGCUGCUUUCUGUUCCUCUGUGUAUCGUCUGUCUUCUAUUUUGGUGUGUUUGGUGAAUAGAGGCAGGGAUGGCGGAGCUCGAGGGCCUGGAGUUUGGGAAGUCAGACUUUGUACUGCUGGAUGAGGUGACGAUGGAGCAGUUUAUGGAGAAUCUGAAGCUGAGGUUUGAGAAGGGCCGUAUCUACACCUUUAUUGGAGAAGUGGUUGUCUCCGUCAACCCAUACAGACAGAUGGACAUUUACGGCAAAGAAACCAUUGAUGCAUAUCGGGGACGGGAGCUGUAUGAAAACCCUCCUCACCUGUACGCAGUGUCUGAUGCCGCCUAUAAGGCCAUGAAGAGACGGGCCAAAGACACCUGCAUUGUGAUAUCAGGUGAAAGUGGGGCAGGAAAAACAGAAGCCAGUAAAUACAUCAUGCAGUAUAUUGCAGCCAUCACAAACCCGAGCCAGAGGGCGGAGGUCGAGAGCGUGAAGAAUGUGCUACUCAAGUCCAACUGUGUGCUGGAGGCCUUUGGGAACGCCAAGACAAAUCGCAAUGACAACUCCAGCCGCUUCGGCAAAUACAUGGACAUCAACUUCAACUUCAAUGGCGAUCCCACAGGGGGGCACAUCAACAACUACCUGCUGGAGAAGUCCAGAGUGGUCCAGCAGCAAGGAGGGGAGAGGAACUUUCAUUCAUUUUACCAGUUAUUGCGUGGAGGCUCAGAUGAAACGCUGGCAUCAUUUCACCUGCAGAAUGAUCCAGCUGUUUAUACCUUCACCAAAGAGGGAGCUGCAACAACUACCUCCAACAAUGAUCGCAGCAGCCACAAAGCAGUAAUGAGUGCUCUGGAAGUGAUCGGCUUCUCGAAAGAAGAGAUUAAAUCAAUUUAUCAGAUUCUGGCCUCCAUUCUGCUGCUGGGUAAUGUACAGUUUGAGAGUGAGGGUGAAGUCGUCCAGAUCCAGAGCAUCGAAGCUGUGAACCACAUUGCUGAGCUAACAGCCACAGACCCAGACAAUGUCAGUAAGAGCCUGCUUUACCGCACUGUGGCCACUGGGGGAGGUGAGGUCAUCGAAAAGGGUCACACAGAGCAAGACGCCUGCUUUGGACGGGAUGCUUUCUGCAAGGCUCUCUAUGAGAGACUUUUCGGAUGGAUUGUAUCCCGCAUCAACAGCGUCAUUGAAGUCAAAGACUACAACCCAGUGCUUCAUGGGAAAAACACAGUCAUUGGUGUGCUGGAUAUCUACGGCUUUGAGAUCUUUGACAACAACAGUUUUGAACAGUUCUGCAUCAACUACUGCAACGAGAAGCUGCAGCAGCUUUUCAUUGAGCUGAUCCUCCGGCAGGAACAAGGCGAAUAUCAGAGAGAGGGCAUCACCUGGCAACAUAUCGACUACUUCAACAAUCAGAUAAUCGUUGACCUCGUGGAGCAGCCACACAAAGGAAUCAUCUCCAUUUUAGACGAAGCUUGCCUCACUGUCGGUAACGUCACCGACACCGUCUGCCUGGAGAGUAUGGACACCAAACUAGCCCAGCAUCCCCACUACACCUCCCGCAAGCUCACUCCCACUGACAAAACCAUGGACUUCCAGAAAAACUUUCGUAUUCGCCACUAUGCUGGAGAUGUCACAUAUUCCGUCGAGGGCUUUUUGGACAAAAACAAGGACAUGCUUUUUCAAGAUUUCAAGCGUCUCAUGUACAACAGUGCCAACCAAGUCCUGAAGGAGAUGUGGCCAGAUGGUCAGCUGGGCAUCACUGAGGUCACUAAGCGACCUCUGACCGCAGCCACCCUCUUCAAGAACUCCAUCAUAGCCUUGGUGGAUAAACUGGGCUGCAAGGAGCCGUACUACGUGCGAUGCAUUAAGCCCAAUGAGAUGAAGUCCUCGGUGUUGUUUGACGAAGCUCGCUGCCAGCAUCAGGUGGCCUACCUUGGCCUGCUGGAGAAUGUCAUGGUGCGAAGGGCGGGCUUUGCCUACAGACAGCUCUACGCUCGCUUCCUGCAGCGGUAUAAAAUGACCUGUGAGUACACCUGGCCGAACCACCUGAUGGCCUCGGACAGGGAGGCUGUGGAGGCCAUUGUCACCCAGCACGGUUUCCAGGACGACGUGGCGUACGGUCAAACCAAGCUGUUUGUGCGAACGCCACGGUCUCUCUUCUCUCUGGAGCAGGAGAGAGCCGCCCUCAUCCCCAUCCUGGUGCUCUUCCUGCAGAAGGUAUGGCGUGGGGCUUUAGCUCGUAUGAGGUGCCAGCGGAUGAGAGCCAUCUACGCCAUAAUGGGCUGCUAUAAGCGCUACAAGGUCAAGGCUCACUUCUGGGAGGUGGAGCGGAGGUUUGCUAAUGUGCGAACUAUGGCCGACUACGGAAAGACCGUGGAGUGGCCGACCCCACCUGCUGCUCUGUCCCAGUUUCACAAAAAUACAGUCAUGCUGCAUCGCAAGUGGUGGGCGCGGCAGCUCAUAAAGAACAUCCCUCCAUCUGACAUGCUGGAGGUUCGGGCCAAGGUGGCGGCUCUAACUGCACUGAACGGAGAGAGGAAAGACUGGGGCAUUAAGAGAGCCUGGGAGAGGGACUACCUGGCUAAUGUGCGAGACAGCCCUCAGACCAGCUCCAGCUUCACCCGCAUUUCCAAGGAGCUGAGAAACAAAGACGAGUACAGUCAGGUCCUCUUCUCCGGCUUCUGCAGGAAGGUGAAUAGAUUCAACAAAAGCACAGACCGCGGCUUGCUCGUCACAGACAAGUACGUCUACAAAUUAGAGCCAAAGAAGCAGUACAAGGUUUUGAAGAAGGUUUCCUUAGACACUCUUACAGGACUAAGCUUGACCAGUGGAGUCGACCAGAUGUUGGCGCUGCACACGACGGCCCAGGAUGACAUCCUGCUGUGCCUGCAGCGAGGGGAGCUGAGUCCCAACCAGGACCGAGUCGGCGAGUUGGUGGGAUCGCUUGUCGACUACUUCACACGGAUAAGAAAAGUCCAGUUUCCAGUGAAGGUUUGCCGUUCAAGCAUGGAGGUACACAUGAGGGGAAAAUCCAAGAGCGUCACCGUGGAAACCAAACCCGGCCAGAUCAACGCAGAUUUCAAGAAGAGCAAAGAUGGGUUCGUCCUGCUGGUCCCUGCUAACUAAGAGAGUCCAUCCAUCAAAACCUAUUUGAGGUAUUGACCUGACCUCAGGACCGGUGCAGUUCUAUGUCCAGUGAACAGGAACUUUAUUUAUACAACAAUGUGUCGAGACAACAGACAGGGCUUUGCCCUGAAAGACAAGUUUAGUUGCAGGCAAUUCUUAAUUGUUUUUCACAAAUUAAAGCUUUAAAGUAUUAACCUGCUUUAUUAAUCCAGAGCCUCGGGGAUACAAGGUUCACCGGACAAUGAAGAGUUUCUGGAGGUGAAUUUUGGGAAAUGAGGAGGCUGUUAUGUAUUUUUGCUUUUACUUUUACAUUAUGCUGUUACAUGAGGUGUUAGAAGAUAUUUUUUAAGACAGGAUGGAACAAAAAUAUGAAUGAAUGCACUUUUUAAAAUGACAAAUUGUACAUCACAAUGAAUACCAGUCAUUCCAGAUAUAUUUUUGUACCUUUAGUAAAAUGAUGUUAUGUAAUUUGAUCUAUUGUUAUGCAUUGCUCUUGAACUGUUGCCAAACUACUAUGAAACGCAGAGAAUGGAAUUAUUUUAUGGCAGAAAUGAUAAAAAAGGUGGAAAAAAACAAAACAGUGGAACAUAAUAAAUUAUUCAAGACUUAAACAAACUGUGUGU